GGCGGAGCUUGCCGCCGGCGGAGGGCGGGGUUCGCGCGGGGACUUCCCCUGGGCUGAGCGGUGCUGCGGGCUUUUGGCCAAAUUGGGCGAGGGCACAAAAUAGCCACUUACCCCUUCUCACCGAGGAAGAGCGGGAGAAAGGGUAUGGCACAGUCACAAGGGUGGGUGAAAAGAUACUUCAAGGCCUUUUGUAAAGGCUUCUUUGUGGCAGUGCCCGUCGCAGUGACUUUCUUGGAUCGGGUCGCCUGUGUAGCAAGAGUGGAAGGAGCAUCAAUGCAGCCUUCUUUGAAUCCUGGGGGGAGUCAGUCAUCUGACGUGGUACUCUUGAAUCACUGGAAAGUAAGGAAUUUUGAAGUACAACGUGGUGACAUUGUAUCAUUGGUGUCUCCUAAAAACCCAGAACAGAAGAUUAUUAAGAGAGUGAUUGCUCUUGAAGGAGAUAUUGUAAGAACCAUUGGACACAAAAAUCGGUAUGUCAAAGUCCCCCGUGGUCACAUCUGGGUUGAAGGUGAUCAUCACGGACACAGUUUUGACAGUAACUCUUUUGGGCCGGUUUCCCUGGGACUUCUGCAUGCCCAUGCCACACAUAUCCUGUGGCCUCCAGAGCGCUGGCAGAAAUUGGAAUCUGUUCUUCCUCCAGAGCGUUUACUAGUACAGAGUGAAGAAGAAUGACUGCAUGGACCUACCUGAGCUGUUCGUAUUGGAAGGCAAAUUACUGGAAGAAGGAUAGAGAAAAGGAAACUCCAAAAGGGAAAACUUCCAACAAUACGAUGCUGUGCAAGAAACAUUUAUAUUACAUUAAGAUUUGUAUUGUUAAAACUUUUAAAAAUGUUAAACAGUAUUAAAUGGCACCUGAUUUUGUGUUAAAUUUUAAUACCCUAUUGUUUAAUGCCCCUCCAAAAAUGUACAGACCUUUGAGAAUGUGAAAAUAUUGUACCCAUAUGUCUUAAUGGGGAUAACCUUGAGAUUAUUUGUUAUGCAUACUUAUUCUAUUGAUUGUUGGGUUUUGAUUUUGGUGCUUGCUGCUGAAAGAAUUUGAAAAUUAAUAUUUGAUGAAAAUAAUUUAUUUGCCAUUUACUGUUAAGAUGGAACAAUAUAUAGAGUCACAUACAUACAGUGACAAAAAUUAUAUUGUGAUUGACAGUAUCUACAAUGUAAUUGCCAAUUGAAAACAACAAUAAACUAUGAUGUUAAAAUAAAACAAUGAUUUGUA